AGGGAAAACACAAGCUUACACCGGCAUACGUCACUCGACUGAGACACACGGGCACCGACUAGCGCCGAGCUUAGCACAUUCUUAAAACCGACACUACCACCCGCAUCGAAUCGCCAUGCGGACUUCCUACGGCGUCGCUUUCGCCCUCUCCGCCGGCUUCCGGCUGGCGACCGCCGCCCCGGUCUGUGGCGGCGGCAGCGCUUCAGAUCUCCUCUGGGUCACCACUUACCCCGCGGGUGAGGGCGCGCAGGGCAAGCUCCUCACCCUCAAGCUGGACGGGUCCAAGCUGGAAGUCGUUGCCGAGUCCGACACUUGCGGCCCCUAUCCUUCUUGGUUGACCCAGGCUGGUGACGUUCUCUACUGCGUCGACGAAGCCUGGGGCGGCGACCACGGCACCCUGCACUCGCUCAAGAUCAAUGACGAUCAUAGCUUCACCAACCUGAGCCAACAUGAGACCGUUGGAGGCCCAGUGAGCACCGUCAUCUACGGCAAGGACGGCCUUGGAUUGGCAGUGGCUGAUUAUGCCGGAGGCGGUAUCGAUACAUUCAACAUUGCCGAUCCCGCUGCGAUUAAGCUGAUCAAGUCCCUCGUGUACCCGGCCCCGACCGACGGCCUUCCCGACCCGCAGAACUCAGCCCGGCCUCAUGAGGCCAUCCUGGAUCCCACGGGCGAGUUCCUCGUCUUCCCCGACCUGGGCGCCGAUCAGAUUCGCGUCCUGAAGGUGGACAAAGAGACGCUGGAGUACGUCGAGAAGCCGAGCUACACCGACUUUGACCGUGGCACUGGUCCUAGGCACGGCGCCUUCUUCAAGUCUGGCGACAAGACCUUCUUCUACCUCGUCGGCGAGCUCUCGAACCUGCUCCAGGGCUUCUCCGUCGCGUACAAUGACGACGAUAGCCUCACCUUCACCCGGAUCCACAACUCCACAACCCACGGUGACGACAAGCCGCUCCCGGAGGACACGGCUGCGGCCGAGCUUUGGAUCGCCCCCGGGAGCAACUUCCUUACCCUCUCGUCUCGCUUUGAGAGCUCGCUAGAGUACACGGUUGCCAACGGCACCAAGGUGCCCUCGGACCCGCUCAUCACCUUCUCCAUCGACAAGGAGACGGGCGCCCUCACCCACGUGCAGUCGGCCCCUGCGGGCGGCAUCAACCCGCGUCACUUCUCCUUCAACAGCGACGGCACCCGCGUUGCUUCUGCGCUGCAGUCCGACGGCCGCGUCGUCGUCUUUGAGCGCGACCCUUCUACUGGCAAGAUAGGCAAGGCCACUGCCGAAGGAGAUGUCGAGGGGAUGCCCAACUUUGCCACGUUUAAGCAGUAGGAUUCGGGGUCGGAGAGGCGCAGCGGCACGAGCGCCAUCGCCAGUGACCAUGCAUGCUCUAGGUCGUCACUCCCCCGCGCACAUCAUACCCUUUAUGGAGAUUCCGAAGAGGGGUGGAUGAAGAAGCCCAGGGAGGUUGCAGGAUGUGAAACCGGGUUGAUCCCUUCUCUGCUGCCGAGCGUCCCGACGGUCUCGAGAGCUCCCUAAUACCAGUUGACCCCUUCCAUAACCGCGAGCACUUAAUGCUGCUGCCACCUACACGGAGCGUGUAUUGUAUGUAGUAUGCUUGUAAUCCUUGUAAUAACUAUGUGCGUAGUGUAGAAUUCAGAUAAACGCAUAGUUACAUCUUGGUACUGCAUCUCGG